GUCAUAUGAGAACUCGCCCAUCAUUUGGAUACAAACCUUAUUGAAAAUGUCUCGCACGUGUUAUUAAAUGCACUGCUACGGCCUAAUAAAAUUAGUUUAGGUAGUAACUUGAGUCGACAUGGAUACUCUUAGAUGACAACAAGCUUCAAAAUGCCUCUUUUGAAGAAGACGCAGAUUCUAGCUCUACGCAAUGCAGCGGUGGCAGUACCUGCGGAGAAUGUGACCACGGGAACUGCUUUAUUACGUGCCUACCUGUCCACUUGUUCUUGGUGCAAGAGGUUGCAGCAGUUCCAUAAUUGGAACAGAUACUACAAACAUGAUGUACUCUGUAGACAAGGUCAGUUUGUAUACGCAAGUACAAGACCACAAAUAUACAUGGCUUGUUCUGACAACAAAAAAAAUUCAAACUGCACAGAGGAGAGUCCUGCUAAUAGCAGGAUGAGAGAUGAUGUGAAAAAAUCUACAGUGAAACCUGGAGACUUUGCCAAGAGGGGUGCUUCAUCAUCAUCAUCAUCAUCAUCAUCAUCAUUUGUGACAGACCAACAGAAAAAAGAGGAAUUACGAAAAACUACAUGCAUCUUAGAUGCUUGGGAACAAACAGAAAGCACCAAAAAGAAAUUCAAAAAAAAGAAAAGAGAGCUUGAUGUUGAAUUGCUUGUAACGGAAUCGGGUAUGUUCGGACCUCAAGAGGUAGUGUCCAAAUUUAUUGCCCAUUUUAGCAACAGAAAAACAGUGAAAAACAUUGAAAAACAAACAAAGACAAAGAAAAAUUUUCCCAAGGUUAUUAAAGACCCCCCUGCCUUCAUAGAUACAAAGAAGAUUUUUCAUCAAGUUGGAGAGAGCUUGGAUUUUCAUCAGGUCGAGAACGAGUUAGAGGUGGCAUACCAGGAAGAGAAAGAGGAGGAAAAAGAUUUGCUUGAAAUAAAAACACUUGAUUUGAAAAGCGAUUUAAGGAAACUACUAGAAUAUGGGAUAGGUGGAGAGCAAAUCACAGCCGAGCUGCUGGCCUAUGUAGAUGCAUGUUUAUACAUAGGAGAUCUUGACACUGCAUUCCUCACACUGAAGAGAGCUUUGUUGAAAUGGUCAAACAGCAAAAUUGACUUCCGGAAGAACAGGCUAAAGGUUCAUGUGUCCGUUUACAACCUUCUCCUCCAUGCUUAUGCCUCGGAUAAGACCCACCUGCGUCGAAUAUAUUCCCUGUUAGAAAUGAUGGAGGAAGCAGGGUAUUCAGAGGUGGAGCCAGACGCGGAGUCCUACGCUGCUCUUCUAGAAUGUCUGGGCAGGGAUGCUGAGGGCCGACGUGAUGAGAUUCAAAUGUGUCUAACCACAAUGGAAAGCAAGGGCAUUAAUCCCGAUUGCAUGUUUACGAAGUGCACACUGAAAGAGGAAAGCAAGAACUAUAUGUUAAAAGCAAUAAGAACUGUGAGUGAUGAAUAUGUGCCUCCCACUCCCACUGAUGAAUCAGACUACAGUGCUGUUCUUCUAGAGGAUCUGUCAAGGAAAUAUGGUGAAAAACAGUCCUAUGUCAACCCCUAUGCUGGAGAGGUUACUCCAGAACAGUUGAUGAAUCACUUGGAGGAGCAGAUAAAAAGAGAAGAAGAAGGAAUUGUUGAAGUGGACAGUGUUCUUCAACUGACACCAGGGCAACUAGAGGGACAUAAAAAGGCGAAACCAAAAUUGAAGGAGAUAGAGAAGCAGUUCAGGGAAGUAUUAUUGAAAGCCAUUGGUGAAAGACGUGAUGAGCUUAAUCGAGGGUUUAAAAGACAGAGUGUGUACAGUCUAAACAUAGCUGUAUUUCUAUCACUGUUGUCUGAUCAGCAAUAUGUGGAGCUCUUAAUGAAGGAAAUCCGUAGCUUUUUGACAAUUAUAGAGGACAAACACUACACUCUUUCCUGGUUUGAACUUCAACUUGGAGAAAUGGUCCACAGGCAAUACACAAAAGAAGUGAAGAAGAAAAGGAACAUUCUAGAAGAUACUAAAACUUUGUAUGCAGACUAUGUGAAAGUGUACACAUCAAAAACCAUGGCCCAACCGAACCACAGAAAAACAUGGCUGGCAUUGCAGGACAAGCAUGGUAUUGAUAGAAACAACAACUAUGACAUUGUCUGUUAUUGGCCCCGUGAAAUAAUAAAACAGAUCGGCCAACAAUUGAGAAGUAUAAUAUUUGAAGAAUUGAAAGUUGAUACAAAAAAGGGGUUUGUGCCUGCCUUUAGAACAUUCUACAAGAAAUUCGGCUUUGUCACUGAGCAACAUAUCAAGGCCGAUGAAAAUCUUACAAGGCUAUUCAGACAGGGCUAUAAAAUGCAUUUUGAUACCUUCAAAUUGCCAAUGUUGGUUCCUCCUUUACCUUGGACGAGUACCAAAUCCGGGGGAAUGAUUCAUGACCAAGUAAAUUUGGUCCGAUCAAAUGACUCGAGGCCAGUGGACAAAAGAAUACAGGCUCGGCCGUCCUCAGAAAUGUUGCCUUCCUUGGACACUCUCACUGCUCUUGGGGCAUGUUCCUGGAAGAUUAACGAGCCAAUUUUGGACCUGGCUCUUAAAAUCUUCAGGGAGAAAGGGGACAUGACACUGGAUAUUCCAUAUUUACCCUCCUCUUAUCCCCCAUUACCUAAGAUUGACAAAACCAUGAGCAAACGGGAUCGCAGAGAGGCCUUUCAAAAGAGAGAAAAGAUGGUGAAAGAACAGAGUGAGAAUUACAGCUUGUGGUGCACAGAACUCUACAGGCUGUCCAUUGCAAACAUGUUUCGAAAUGACGUAUUCUGGCUCCCCCAUAACAUGGACUUCAGGAGCCGUGUGUACACUGUGGCGCCAUUCUUACAGCACAUGGGGAGUGACCUUACGCGGGGUCUGCUGAUGUUUGGCACAGGGAAGCACCUGGGUCCUCGGGGUCUGGACUGGCUGAAGAUACAUCUUAUCAAUACAACGGGGUUUAAGAAAAGGUCCUCUUUGAAGGAGAGACUUAUUUAUGCAAAUGAGCUGCUGCCGGAGAUACUUGACUCUGCAGAUAACCCUCUGGAGGGCAAAAAAUGGUGGCGAUCUUCAGAUGAGCCCUGGCAGACGUUAGCAUGUUCCAUGGAAAUAGCCAAGGCAAUCAGGUCUCCUAAUCAUGAAGAGUUCAUUUCUCAUUUUCCUGUACAUCAGGAUGGCACGUGUAAUGGUCUGCAGCACUAUGCAGCUUUGGGUCGGGACCAAGCUGGUGCCAAGUCCGUCAACCUCGCCCCUUCGCCUGUACCUUGUGACGUCUAUAGUGAUGUAACUGAGUUGGUGGAAAAAGAAAGAGAGGCUGAUGCUGCAAAAGGCAAUGAAAUAGCGAAAGUUUUAGAGGGAUUUGUUAGUAGAAAGGUGAUCAAGCAAACUGUGAUGACCACUGUGUAUGGAGUAACGCCUUAUGGAGCCAAGCUGCAGAUUCUCCGUCAAUUGACAGAACUUGAGGGUUUCCCUCACAAACAUGAUAAAGAGGCUGCGAAGUAUCUGGCAGAAAAGACAUUCAAAGCCAUUCGCAAUAUGUUCAAAUCAGCCAGAAGAAUCCAGGACUGGUUUAUACAGACUUCUGUUGCUGUGUCCAAAGUGUGCUUAAAGCCAAUGGAGUGGACCACUCCCCUAGGUUUUCCCGUCAUCCAGCCUUAUUAUAAAACAACAAAAUACAAUAUUAAGGAUGGCAGCAAAAAAUCUGUGAAACUAAUUAAACCCAAUGCUGUGAAACAGAAGAAUGCCUUUCCACCAAACUUUGUUCAUUCAUUAGAUGCCACUCAUAUGAUGUUGACUUCCCUGUACUGUUUAGAAGCAGGAAUCACUUUUGUGUCAGUACAUGACUGUUUCUGGACACACCCUUGCGAUGUGGAAAUAAUGAACAAAAUAUGUCGAGAGCAGUUCAUCGCUCUCCACAACCAACCAAUUUUGAGUCAGCUAUCAGAGGAGCUUUGUGAAAAAUAUGGAUUUAGUGAAAGAGAAGCAUCUAAAAAUCCUUCAAUUGCACAUUUAAACGGAAUUCUCAGGAGAGUGCCAAAAAAAGGUAAUUUUGCCUUAGAGAAAGUAAAGAAGUCGGAAUACUUCUUCAGCUAGCACUCCCCCUGGUAAAGACGAGCCACUAUUCUUUCUCCAUAGCACAGGAACAUGUUGUGAUAUGGUUUACACAUGCCUGGAUACUUCUUUUCUGCCCACUCAGAAUCUUUGAAAAGAUUGACCAACAGUGACCAUUUAUGAUAAAUGUGUCUGGAUGAUCACAGAAGCACCUUUUAUAGAUUAAAUCACUUAGGGAUAAAUAUGUGGCAGAUUUCUCAUAUUCAUCUUUUUUUUAACAUUUCUGAUAUGGUUUUGUUAUUUCUACAACAAUUAUGCAUAAAAUUUGAAAAUCAGUGAAUCUAUUACUUCUUCAGUAAGAAUAUAUGGUUGGUUUUCGGGUAAGUGGCGAUUUGAAUAGUCCAAGAGAGGUUUUCUUGUCAGAAAGUUUUUUAUGGGAGACAUGAAUGUUAUUGUGCACCAUUUGAAGACUUGUAAUAAUGAUUAUCUGAAAACUUUUGGUGGAAAAAAUUAUGAGUAAAAUUAUGUCACAUCCACUUGUUUCACCAAUGUAGAUUGAAAGUGACUGUUUGCUUAAUAAGUCUGAUUAAUUUUUUUUUUCCAAAAAGGCAUCCAAUACGUAAUCCUUCUCUUAUGUUUUACUGAUACUUAAAAUAUAUUGAAAUGGCGUUGGGGGCAUUUCCAUGUUCUGUCACAUUUUUUAAAUUGUGUAACUUCAUACUUAGAUGUCUCAUAGUUCUCACAUUCUAAAAAUUGCUCCACUUGUAAGAGAAUGAAUUAUUGGUCACAUGUACGGAGGACAAAAUGACAGACAGAUUAACCAACUCUACAUAUUCAAAUACCAUGUGCAUUUUGAAAUUCUUGGGUUUUUUUUUUUCUUCCUUUGUAGGAUUGUGAUAAGUAAUAUGUCCAUUCAUUACUUGCAAUCAAUACAUUAGCAAGUAUUUUUUAUUGAACUUCUCAGGAGAAUAUUGUAAACCCUCAUUGUCUUUCUAUGAGCCUGUUCAUGACUGCAUAUUGAUUCAUCACAGUUGUAAAUAAUAAAAAUGCCAUCAGUCCAUGUUAACAUUGACAUAUCUUGGAGACUCUUUUUUCAACUUUGUACAUUCAAUCCAAAUGUUAAUUCUGGAACACAAUGGGAUUGAAAUGGUAAAUUAUUGAACAAAAUGCAAACUAAAUAAAUGAAAAAUAUAUUAGCCUCAGUCUUGACUUCUUCAAAGAGUCACUUUUUCAGUCCAGACAAAUUCUAGCACGCCCUGAAGAACAGUUUUACCACUUUAUGGAAAAAAUUGAUGGUUAAAAUAUAGCAGUACAAUUAACAUGAUACAGUUUUAUAUUUGAUAUUUUAUUUGGUAUAAAUGUGACAGGAAACAAUUUUACCAGAUAAAAAUCAUUCAAAAUAAAUAAUCUGGCAAUGAUAUAUCAAUAUUCAAAACUAAAAUCUCAAUACAGUACUUUAAAGACCUAUCUCAUGAUAUAAAUAAAAAAGAACUAUAAAUAGUAAGUAGUAAAUGGAUGAUGUCUUUAUGUAUGUAGAUCUACACAAUGAGAUGAGAUGAGAUGGGACAAAAAAAAAAAAAAAAAGGAUGGACAAAUCAAAACAUUCUACAAGUUGUGACAAGGCAUUUACCUUGCCCAUGUCUGACCAAUUUCUGUUGAACUCCAUGAGUAAUAAGUUAUUAUUCUAAAAAACAAACCAGGUCAAACAUUAUACUUUAUGCAGCCAUUUGUAUGCUUUUUGUUCAUAUAAUUUUUAAGAUCUCAACAAAACGGUUUCAAAACCUUAUUCUUGAUAAGUUCUAAAGAAAAAACGCACCAUCAAUUUAAAGAAAAAUCUGCACAUCUUUUUUGGUGCUUGUGCAUAGACAAUAAAAAACUACGAUCUGGAUGAAAGUUGACAGAAAAAAAA